AAGAUCCGUAAAGAUAGCUGAUUAACAGCUUUAAGUUCUGUGCCAAUGUUACACCACAACACCGGUGCGAUUUCGUUGCUUCACCAGUGACUUCACGGUCCUCGUCAUCAGUUGAUGAGGGCUAAUCGCAGCCGUCAGGAGUUACUACCAAAAUUGCCUUAUCACCCACUCAAAGACAUCAAGGCCGUCAAAUGCGACCUCUUCUCUGGAUACGACCUCAGCCGCAUGAUCGACGCGCCCCUGCGGCACACCACCCGCUCGCUCGUGCGGCUCAUCAAAUCCAUCGCCACCGACACCACCUUCGCUGCACCUUCGGCCCUCCGCGCGGCACAACAGCUCCACUCGCACGUCCGCAAGGUCGGACUCCUCUCCAAUGAAUUCAUCUCCAGCGCUCUUAUAUCCGUCUGCUCUGCCAUCGGCUUCGUCGUCAUCGCGCGUCAGCUGUUCGAUGAAAUACCUGAUGCAGGCCUCGUCGCUCGGACGGCCAUGGUCCGGGCCUACGUCACUGUCCACCAGCCUGCCGAAGCGUUGCAGCUAUUCCGAGCUACGGUCUUGUCCGGCCUGUCCCCAGAUCCUAUUGCUCUGGCGACCGCGAUAUCCGCAUGCUGCCAAUUGGGCAGCUUGUCUAUGGUAAAGAUGAUUCACGGAUAUAUUAUCGGUAGUGGGAUUGUGAUCGAUCCGUUUGUCAGCACUCAGUUGAUUAAGGCUUAUGGCAACCACGGUAAGUUAGAUAUCUGUCGGCAUCUGUUUGAUGAAAUGCCUGUUAAAACUCUCGUCACUUGGAAUACCAUCAUACAUCAGUGUUUGAAGCAUGGAGCGAUUGAACUGGCACGUGGAAUAUUUGCCGAGAUGCCCGAGAGGGAUGUGGUUUCAUGGAACACGUUGAUGUCAGGGUGUUCUCAAGUGGGUAGGUGCAGAGAGGCGUUUGCAUUGUUCCAUGAGAUGGAACUUUCUAGCGAGAAGCCUAACAAGCUCACCCUGUACAUUGUUCUGUCCGCCUGUGCUAGCAUGGGUGCCCUGGACACUGGUAUGUGGCUCCAUGCCUAUUUAGGAAGAAGUGGUUUGAACUCUGAUGGAUCUUUGGAUCACUGCCUAAUUGAUAUGUAUGCCAAGUGCGGGAGCAUCGAAAAGGCUCUUCAAGUCUUUGAAGGUGCCCGAGUUAGAAGCUUGUAUUCAUGGACUUCGAUAAUCUGUGGGCUUGCUAUGCAUGGGCAAGCUGACCAUGCCCUCCAUUUGUUUUUCCAGAUGCUAGAAGUAGGAAUUCAACCAGAUGAUGUGACUUUGGUUGGUGUUCUAAGCGCAUGUGCUCAUGGAGGACUAGUAGAUCAAGGAUAUAGAUUCUUUUCUUUUAUGGAGGAAAUGUAUGGCCUAGAACCUAAGAUUGAGCACUAUGGUUGUAUGAUCGAUCUUUUAGGUCGUGUAGGCAGAUUAAAAGAAGCAUACAAUAUGAUAUCGAGGAUGCCUAUGAGACCCAAUGCAGUUUUGUGGGGGACUAUGCUAAGUGCUUGCAAGGUUCACAAAAAUGUGGAGCUAGGUAAAGUUGCAGCAAUGGAAUUGAUUGAGCUGGACCCAUGUGAUCCAUGGCCCCGAUUGAUGCUCUCAAAAAUAUAUGCAGAAGUUAGUGAUUGGGGUAGCUUUAUGAAACUGAGGAAGGAGAUGAAUGCUGUGGGGUUGAGGAAAACACCAGGUUGUAGUUCUAUUGAGGUGAAUGGGGAAGUUCAUGAAUUUCUUGCAGGGGAUAGUUUGCAUUCACAAAUCGAAGAGAUUAUUGUAUUAUUGGAAAACAUCGAAGCUCAAAUGCAGGUUACUUGAUGCUCGAUUAUAUAAAUUACAUAGAUUUCUCCCUAA